GUCCCCCUCGCCCUCCUCGGGCACGGAGGCGCUUUUCGGGCCAAAAAGGGGCGCCGUUCCUUAUUUAGCGUUCCUUCUUUCAGCGGCCCGACUGUAAGAUCGGUAGAGUUCUGGGAACACCGACGGUGGACGUCUGGGCGGACUCGACCGGACUCGGUGCGGCAUAUCGGCGGCGGCCGCUGGCAGCAUGGGCGAGCCGGCGCAGAAGAAGGCCAGGGUCGCCGACCUCUCCGCGCUGCACCAGUUCACCUACACGGAGGCCAAGGUCAUCGCGGAGAUCGGCUGCAACCACAGGGGCGAGAUCGAGACUGCCAAAGAGCUGCUCACGCUCUGCAAGGAGGCUGGCGCCACGGUGGGCAAGUUCCAGAAGCGCUGCCCCAAGGAGCUCCUGACGCCGGAGCAGUACAACGCGCCCCACCCGAAUCCUCAGAACUCCUUCGGCUCGACCUACGGGGAGCACCGCGAGUUCCUCGAGCUGAGCCUCGAUGACCACCGCGAGCUCCAGAACCACUGCAAGUCGAUCGGGCUCGAGUACUCCUGCUCCACGUGGGACUUGACUUCUGCGAAGGAGAUUGUCCAGCUGAAUCCCUGUUUGAUCAAGGUCGGAUCUCCCUCCAACAUGCAUUGGCCGAUGAUGGAGUACCUCCGUGAGCACUACACCGGGGAAGUUCAUAUCUCAACGGGCAUGACCACGAAGGAUGAGAUCGAGCAGAUCGUGAAGUUCUGGGAGGAGGGCAAGGGCGAUGCCAAGAACCGCGUCGUGCUGUACAACUGCACCUCGGGCUACCCCGUGCCGUUCAAGGACGUGUGCCUGCUCGAUAUCCGCCUGCUGCAGGAGAAGUACCAGCACCGGGUCAAGCACAUCGGCUUCUCGGGGCACCACCUCGGCAUCGCCAUUGAUGUCGCUGCGUACGCGAUGGGUGCGGUCUGGAUCGAGCGCCACUUCACCAAGGACCAGUCGACCGACAAAACCGGCACGAUGUGCCUUCCGGAGGUCCGCACGGGCUUCUCGGAUUGGCGCUGCACCCUUGCCCUACCUACGCGCCUUCUCCGGCGCGAGGGAGGCGCGCGCCAGGGUGAGCGAGGAGUGGGGAGGCUCAGCGAUGACCCAGGACCGCACGUGGAAGGGCACCGACCACGCGGCCUCCCUGGAGCCGGCCGGGCUGGCCAAGCUCGUCCGCGACCUGGGCGCGUGCCACACCGCCUGCACGUACAAGGAGACGGACAUCUUGCCGCUGGAGUCGGAGCAGCGCGCGAAGCUGAAGUGGGGCCUCUACAACAAGGACAUUGUGGACAAGCUCAAGGACCGCCGCCCGGCGUGAGCGGGCCCGCGCGCAUGUGAGCGCCAGCGGCGGGGCACCCCCGCGCCCUGCCCGGGCUCUGGCGCGGCCGCCGGCAGUUUUGUGGCCCCCGAGCUUGGCAUCAUUGGCGGGGGGACUUCGCCGCAAUAGCCCAUUGGAGCUUCGCUGCAAGAGCGGCGAUCUUCAAUAUCUCGAAUUCGUGGAGUAUCGGCUGGCUUGCAGCUGGCGGUUGCAGGGAGCACGGUGCACACUUUUCAGGCGCACACGGCUUCAAAGCGAGGCGCACGUAUAUUCAAUAAGCAGAAAAGGAAUCACGGGCCGCGCAAGUCAAACUCGGGGCAGAGCAGCAGAU